AUGUCAGCAACGCCUCGAAAGCCUGGAACCCCCGGCAGUUCCAGCAAAUCAUCGCCCGCAGAUCCGCACCCAGCCAACGGGUCCACCACACGAGGACAUGCACGCUCACCCAGCGCUGCGACUAAUGGCCUCAACCGCUCCCCUUCCUUAAGAAACUCAACCCCUGUUUCUGCCCGUGCCGCUGCAAGAAGACCCGGCAGCCGAUCCAAUCUGAGCAUGUCCAACGUCCCGAGGAUUUCCAACGACCCUUCCGAGGAGGAGGCGCGAGCCCAAAAUGCGGCCCUCAUCGAGGAACUGCGGGAGCAACUCCAGAAAGCUGAGACGGCAUCCGAACAAUAUCAGAAACAACUUGGUGUUCUGCAAAUGCGCUUGGACGAAGCGAUCACCGAACAGAGCAAGCUGGAAGACCAAGCCCACGAGCGAGACACUCGGAUCGAAACUCUGAGUAAUGAGAUCCGGGACCAAGGUCGUCAAAUCCGGGAUCUAGAACAGAAUCACGAACAAGAACGGAAUGCGAUGCUACAGGAGAAGGAGCAACAAACCAACCGGGAGGAAGAGUUGCAGGCCACUAUCCAGCGUCUGAAGGAAACAGUGGCGCAGAAAGAGAUGCGCAUCAAUGCUGAAGGUGAUCGCCACCACGUUUCACGAUCCUCAAGUUUCCGUAACCGAGCCUCGCCAGAUUUGGAUGCCCAAUUCGCCCCCUCCUCGCAACUCGAGCGCAGCCCCUCCCGUAACAAUUCCAACCUUCUCCUCCAGAAAGAUAAGUUGAUUGAAUCAUUGCGCCUAGAAUUGGCCGAGUCACAGAUCAAGCUUGUGGAGAUGGAGAACCAAGGUGGGGGCCAACAGCGUGAGUUGGAGAAGGAGCUUUUGGAGGCUCGAAUGGCUAACGCACGUCUUAUGGAAGACAACGAAAGCUACCAACUUCUCCUUAGUGAGAAGACCCUUACUGGCGAUUUCACCAAGGGCGACUUCAUGCGGGAUGUACACCCCGGAAAGAGUUCCAGCGGUGGACUAGGCUCAUUGGCUGAUGAGCUCGAAUCCGUGGAUGAAGAAACAGCCGAAGGAGAUCCGAAUCACAAGGCUGACGGAGAGGUCAAACAACUCAAAGACCAAAACAAAGCCCUGACGCUUUAUAUCGAGCGUAUCAUUAGCCGCGUCCUACAGCAUGACGGCUUUGAGCAUGUCCUCGAUCGGAACGAUGACGAUGAAAGCAAGACCGAUAAACCAGCAGGCAGUGAAAAGGACUUGCCUCCAACACCCCCUGAGAAGGAUGAGCAAACAGCUCAGACUCUUUUGCAGCGGGCUAAGUCUGUGGUCUCGGGCCAAAGCCCUCGCUCUCAGCCCCAGCCCCAACCCCGAUCUCGUCCAACCAGCAUGAUGCCCCCACCUUCCAUCCCACACACCAAUGCAAACGAGAACCCCGAUACCGCCCCCAGUAUUCCACUCCGCGCUGGCUCCGUGAGAUUGGGUCAUCGUCGUGCCCGGUCCGAGCAGGUCGACCCCAAUGCCGCUUCUGUUGUGGGUCAGAUGUACCGUGGACGAAACUCCGGUGGUCCAAUGAGUCCUACGUCCAUGGGGCCUGGGUCCCGCCAGAGUAUGUUCUCAGGCGCCCCUAGCUACGUAUCUAGCAUGAGCCGUGCCCCAUCUAUGUCCAGUCAACCAGACCGUGCCGGACGUAGUAGCUCCCCUAGUGUCUUGAGCGAUGCGUUCGGAGAUACUACAUCCUCAACGGGAGCAACUUCCAGCCCCCCUCGUUCCAGCAGCGGCAUGACCAACUAUACCGGUGCUGUCAUGACGCAGAAUAAGCUGCGACCCCUACGUCUUGUGAGCGAUGCAGCCAAACUCGAAGAAGAGGAGGCUGCGCGCAAGAGGGCGAACCGCGCGAGCUGGAUUCCGUGGUUUAACAAAGCCAACCCAGAGGAGCAGACUCAACUUUAA